UGGGGAAGCAAAUCGUCGCUCGGAGUUGUUAUCGUACGGCUUAACGGUUGACUUGUGCGGGAACGUAAGCGAAGAACCUGUUGUGUAUUCAAGGAACAAAUUGAACUCGCUUAUGUUCCACCCAUGGAUUCAACGGUGAAUAGCAGUGGAAUAGAAGCAAGUGUUGACUACCGAAAAAAACGUAUCAAGAACGUGCAGAAAGUAGAACUGGUGCGUUUAAUGAAAGCUAACUUUCUAUUCAUUCGGGGCAAACAUGCUGUGGCGCGCAGUGAGAAGAGUCGUGCCGAUGUUUGGAAGAUGAUUACUAGUCGGUUAAAUAGUUUAGGUCCACCGAUACAGUCCACAGAAGCAUGGCAAAGAGUGAGUGUCCAAAGGUUCCGUUUCCGAAAAUUAUUGUGCACAGCCUAACAUGCAUUUCUUGUGCUACAGCGUUGGAAUGACAUGCGAUCGGCGACCAAGAGCAAGAUGACAAAGGUCCAGAACUAUGUCCGCGAGCAUGGAGAAGAUUGUCCGUACAAGCUUAACCUCGUAGAGCGUCUGAUCUGGGACACAUUUAGUGUGAAGCCGGAGGAGUAUAUGAAGGACUUGAACAUGAAAUUGUGGCGCGAGAAGCAGCAAGCAAAUUGUCAUGGAGUAAUUGGGCAGCAGCAAUCCGCACUUGACUGUAUUUCUCCUAGUUCGUCCGAAAUUUCUACCGAACAGAGCUUUGAUAUGGGAUGGAAUCCGGAAGUAACUACAUGUCAUAACACAGGUUUAGGAGGAAAUUCCGAAAUGUGCUUGACGUCUGUGAAUAAGGAGAACGGAAAACUAGCCUAUUCGAAUCAAACAACUGGCGGGUUUUAUGCUAUCUCCAGCUGUAAUCUACAGGACCAGAAUUACGGAGAACAACCAACAACGAGCAGCUUGAGCUAUCAAGGCUUUCCCAGCACAGAUACAAACCAAUGGAAUGGUUCAGGAUCAUCUUAUGAGGAGCGUGAAGACGCUUCUCUUCAUCAGGCAAAGAUGACUUCAAUAUCGGAUCUAGUGCCUGGAAAUAAAAUGUUGUGGGAGCUAAAUAAGCUGUUCGAAGUGGUAUUGAAACAGAACGAAGAAAUACUCGUCUUAUUGAGGCAAUCUAGCAAUGAUAAUUAAGCAAUAGAAACAUUCACAUGGCACUACAAAAUUAGUGCACUUAGCAAGAUCCCUUGCUUUCGAAGAAAAAAGAUAAACAUACUUUUUGGCGGAUAAAGCGAGGAGAGUCUGUUUUUGAACAAAAGUAAAAUAGAAAUUUUAAAACUGAACAUUAUUCCUACCGUAGAAAAGAAAGAACAUGGAACAAGUGUAGUCCAGAAAGAGAAAGCUGAUCAUGAUGAGGGAACAUGAUAACAGGAAGGUAAGUAAGUUUAUAUUUUUCGAAAUGCCUUAUUUGUGCAUAAGUUGUUAAGAAAAUUCUAGAAAGCCUAAAAGUUUAUAAAAUAGGACAAUAUAACAUACAGCGCUCUUAAUAUCGAGCGGGAAAUUUAACUUUAUGCUAAAAAACUCGCGUCACGGUGUUUCGUACGUGUUCUUAGGUUUGACAAAGGUAUGCCGGUCUUAAGCGACAAGAAUGGUAACAAAAUUCCAUCCGAAUCUUUCUCGUACGAAGGACUAAUUUAAUCAGCCAAGCUUACAUGUAGGCAAGAAAAGCCAACAAUAUCGCUGUUUAAUCAAAACUAACGAUAAAUUGUCAUCAAUUCAUCAUUUAAAUUUUCUAGGUAAACAAGGUAAUUGAAACCAAUUCAGAGCAAGUCACACAUUUUAAGAAUCUACUUGACAGGUACUGGGAACACUUAUCAGACAGCUUAACACAUUAUUCAGUACCACCAGCACUGUAUCCUUAUUCCUAUCGAAAGUGGGAUUAAUUACUGAUAAAAGAUUGGUUAUGAAUAGAUUUAAUAGUCAAAAUAUGCUUUUAAUGAUUAUUAUUCACAUUAUACUUUUUAUAGGGCGGCCAUGAACCGAUUUGUUAAAUUGUGAGUGUAAUGGAAGAAACAUUUUCGUAGUUAAGAUGUGCACAAAACCCGUAAAUUAUCAUCGUUUUCAAAACAAUUUAAAAAAAGCACGAUGUGUAUCGGAUUUUUUGUAAACUUAACAACAAAAGGAUAAUAUUUUUACGAUACAUGCAUUAUAACACUUCCUUUUCUUUCCGAUAAUCCGGUCUCAAUGAUCGGGGCAAAAACAACAAUAAGAUGGAAAAAGGUCAGAUUGUAAAAAACUUUGUUGGACACUAAUCGAUUGUAAUAAGAUAAUUGCUACACAGCUUCCGCACCGAUAGGUACGCAACGCAAACCGACGGCGUUCGUGGUUGUAUGU